UGAAGUCUCUUAGUAUUUUCAAAUGGGUCUGUAAGAGAAAGAGAAAACAUCACUGUACUGUUAGCAAAUAUGAAAGCGAAUGUAAAUUGCAUCUGGGGGUUUCCAGUGCUCGGAAAACAACAAGCGAUCGCUUUCUGUACUCAGACAGGCCCGGGUCUGAUCCAGGCUGCAUGAAAAUUACAAAGUUAUCUUGUUUUUCACGAACUGGGAUUCAUGGCUGGAGACAGGAGAAGAAUGUUUGCAAAUACUUGGAGAUUUUUUGUUUCUGCAGAUGAGUGGGACCGGGGGACACGGUGUCCCCCUGCACCAAGAGUCAAAGCCUCCUGCGGGCAUCGGAUCAGCUCUCUGAUGCUCAAGUCGGUUGUCAUGGAGCUGCUGGGCAGGGGGGUUCAGGAGUUCUCCUGUCCGCAGUGUUCCCAGAGCUGGUCCUGGCAGGAAGUGAAACGACUUGUUGUGUUCACAGCACAGGAGCGGUUGCAGGAAAUCAUACUCCCAGACGUCAACUCCCCAGACACCCUCCAUACACACAGACAGUGUCCGGGCUGCAGCCUCCUGCUCCCCAGACCGGGCUCGGGGAGCCGUAGCGUUCCCUGCAAGAUCUGCUCCGCCCGCAAGCGCAAGGUUUUCCGGUUCUGCUGGGACUGCCAGCAGGAAUGGAGAGCUCCUCCUGGGGAAGACGAUGACAGCUGUGGGAAUCAGAAUUGUGCCACUCUAGCCUGCCUGCUCUCCUGCCCUGCCAUCAAACUCCCAGGCACCAAACUGGAUGGCUGCCCUUGCUUCAGGGCGUGCCCGCGAUGCCACACCCUCAUCUCUCACACCCUGCGGGGGUGCACCCAGGUCAAGUGCCCGCAGUGUGCUCAUGUUUUCUGCUAUCGGUGUCUGAGAGGGAUACAGGAGGGGUGCUUGCUACCCCAGCGUCAACCCCUGGGGGGCAGUGUGGGGGACCCCAACAUCGGUGUUCUCAUGAUGGCUUAUAUAGGCUGUAUCUGGUGCGUCAUUGCCAAGAGGCAGCGUGUCACCGAAGGUUAACCAUGUGGUGUGACAGAGCGGUUCCUCACAAUCAAAUAGACAAGAGAUUUGCCAGACCUCUCUGUGCUUUACAAUGCUUCCCUAUGCUUUACCAGACCUCUCUGUGCUUUACAGUUCUUCCCUA